CCUGUCUAUUUCAUCCCCUCUCAUAAGACGAGAUGAAGGUCGCAGCCCUCCUCCUGACGGUGUGCCUGGCCGCCGGCUGCCGAGCUGACGAGGCUGACCUGAGAGAAGAGCGCCUCGUCGCCUACUUCUCCACCACCUCCUCCACAACCCUCACCACCGUCACCAUCACCGACAUUUCCACCUGCCUUUCCACCAAGACCGGAAACUGCAACGGAAGGAGGAAGAAGAGACUGUCGUUCAAUUAUAUCGAGGACCUCGAGCAAAUGAACGACAUCCCGCUGGACAGCACGCAACAGGUGGAGAACUUCGAGGUCCGCCACGAACGCUCUGCUGACGGCGAAGGGGACAGAGAAGGCAAGAUCCUGACUAUCUGGACCACGUAUUUCUCGACUCUCACCGUGACCAGCACCUCGGUUCUGGCCUCCACCACCAUCACCGCCUCGGCCCUCUGCCUGGCGCCGAAUGUGGCCAAGACUUGCUUCGGGGGGUAAAAGAUGGAGGGAAAGUGAGAGAAUCAAGGGGUUUGGCCGGUGAGGUUGUGUGGUUCGUGGAGAGGAGGGGGGGGGAGGUGGAGAAGAGGGGAGGAAAGGACCACACCAGUCUUCUUGAUGUUGGUCUUAUAUUUAGUUUUUUUUUUUUACCGUCUUUCUCCAUAUAUUUUCCUUUCUUUUACGUAUAUUUGUGUUUGUUUCUGUUAUUUAUUCUUUUUCUUUUCGUUUCUCUCUCUCUCUCUCUCUCUCUCUCUCUCUCUCUCUCUCUCUCUCUCUCUCUCUCUCUCUCUCUCUCUCUCAGGCGAAUGGGGAAAGAGAGAGAAAGGAACCUCAUUGCGUCCUCCACUGUCACCACCAUUACCGCUUACCCCGCGAAAGCGAUGAUGGAACCUAGGCUUCGGAUUAAUGUAUCUCUAACUUAUUUAUUGGCCAUAACUACGUCUGCACUUUAGUUAAAUUUUGGUAAAUCUUUUACUUGUAUUACAGUUUUGAUCACUAACUCCAGUCAAUGGCGAAAUCAUGGCUCUAGCGUCGCAUUCGUAGAAUUUGCGGUAACAGUGGUAAACCCUAGUGUGCUCGAAGAAAGAUGACUUUUAAUUUUUUUUUGUUAAUUUAUUAUAAUAUUAGUAUGCCUAUCAUCACACACAGAAUCUCAGGUGUAUGUAAAUGUUAUUAAAUAUUAAGAUACAGAAUAU